AUGAGCACAACCGGCAUUCUGGACCUCUCGCGAGGGACCGUUGGUCUCUGCGUCCUCUUCGCGCUCGCCGUCUCCACGCUCUCGAGGUUCUUCCUCGCGAGCUGCCGGCCCAGGAACUUCCCGCCAGGCCCUCGGACAGUCCCCUUCCUGGGAAACAUCACCCAAGUACCGAAAUCAAAGGGCUUCCUAAAAUUCCACGACCUCGGGGCCACCUUCGGCUCCAUCAUCGGCCUCAAACUAGGCUCCCAAAACUUCGUAAUCCUAAACAACUACAAAGACGUACGAGAACUCUUCGACAAGCGCGGCUCAAUCUACUCCUCCCGCCCCCGCACCUACGUCGCAAACACCCUCGUCUGCCCGGGCGACAUCCACCUCCUCCUCCUCCCCUACGGCCCCGCCUGGCGCGUCCAGCGCCGCGUAGUCCAGUCCCUCCUCGCCGUCAACCGCGUCGACGCCGUCCUCCCCGUCCAGGACGCCGAGGCCACGCAGACCCUCUCCGACCUCCUCCGCGACCCGGCGGGCUACUACGACCACGUGCGGCGGUACACCAGCGCCGUCGUCCUCGCCGCCGUGUACGGCGUGCGCGGCGCCCGCUUCGACUCGCCCAACGUGCGCGCGCUGUACGCCGCGCAGGACGAGUUCACCGCCGUGCUGGAGCAGGGGGCCACGCCGCCGGUGGACGCGUUCCCCUUCUUGAAGAUGGUGCCCGCGGCGCUGGCGGGGUGGAAGAGACGGGCCGCGAGGGUGAGGAGGGAGCAGAUGGGGUUGUAUCUCUCGCUGGUGGCGGGGACGAGGGAGAGGAUCCGGGAGGGGAGGAGCCCGGAUUGCUUUUUGGGGGAGAUGCUGAGGGAUCAGGAGAAGAAUGGGUUGGAUGACGAGCAUUUGGCGUACCUGGCCGGGAACCUGAUGGAAGCCGGCUCGGAUACCACGGCUUCGACGUUACUAUCCUUCCUCCUCGCGAUGAUCAAGUACCCGAAGGAGUUCCGUAAAGCACAGGAAGAAGUCGAUCGGGUCUGCGGCCCCCUGCGGUCCCCGACGUCAGAAGACAUCGGCCGUUUACCCUUCAUCGAGGCGUGUAUGAACGAGAACCUCCAGACCCUCCGCUGGCGCCCCGUAGCAGCCGGCGGCGUCCCGCACAUGCUCACGCAGGACGACACGUACCAGGGCUACCACCUCCCCAAGGGCACCGUCCUGGUCGCCAACACGUGGGCGAUCCACUACGACGAAGACGAAUACGAGAACCCGGCCGAGUUCGCGCCGGACCGCUUCGUGAUGGAGAAGUACGGGACGCGCGACCCCGUCGACGAGAGCGCCGACGACCACCGGCGCGUGCUGUAUGGGUUCGGCGCGGGCAGGCGGGUGUGUCCGGGGCAGCGGCUGGCGAGGAACUCGCUGAUAUUGAACAUGGCCAAGAUCGCGUGGGGUUUCGAUCUCUCGCCCGGGGAGGGGGAGGUGGACGUCGACGUCGGCACGGCGUACACGGACGGGUUCCUGAUCGCGCCCAAGAAGUUUCCGAUCACGAUCCGGCCGAGGUCCGAGAGGCAUGCUGCGGUGAUUGAGGAGGAGCAGAGGAGGGCUGAGCCUUUCUUCGCAAAGUACGCGGCAUGA